AUGACAAUUCUACGACAAUCAAAGAGUCUUUCAAGACUAUUCUACACCGAACAAGACCCACCGUCAGUAAACUUAAUUCCUAAACCAAAAUUAACUAGAUCAUCUAGUUUUAAAAGCUUUCUAAGUCUAAAGAAACCUAAGAGCUCAACCAAAUUAGCUGGCGUCAAACGUACUUCAAAUGACGAAUUUAAUUAUGAACAUAUUAGCAACAACUACUGUACUCCCAAUUUUCAAGAUGAAUAUAUAUCUAGAGUAAUUUAUGGUGAAUCGCCAACCCAUUCUUUCGAAUCAUUUCUUACAGACGAAUCAUUUCAAACUUCUUCAGUGAUUGAAAAAUAUCAAGCUAAUAUAGAUACGUAUUAUUCAAUAACUCGCCAUGAUAGAGAUAUAGAAAAUUCUAAACAUGAAGGAGAAGAAGAAAAAGAACCGGAUGAUUAUACAUACAAUCAGUUUUCAAAUUAUAACGAUACAUUAACUAAACAUAGAGUCAUAAAUCAAACAAAUAAGCGAUUAUUCCCAAGAAUUUAUGAUGAUUGCAGACGAAAGAUCAGUUUAAUUUGGCUGGAAUGUGAUUCUGUUCACCCCACUGUUAGAAGCAAAACAAGAUACAAUAAUAAUAAUCCAUUCGAAGCAGAUACUGAAUACAGUCAUAGAUUAUUAUAUACAUCUGUUCCAGAUACCAAACAGUUAGAUUAUGUUACAUCUGCUGCGGAAUUAUUCAAAAAGAGACUUACUAUGAAUCAACUACAGGAUAUGAAUCAGGCAGUAGAUAAUAAAACUAUAGACACUAAUUCUCAUAUUGAUAUUAUAACUACAACUAAAUUAACACCUAUACCACAACAAAGUAAACAAUCCCAGUAUCAACAGGACCAUAUCAUUGUCAAUUCUAACGAUAGAAACAUUUCUAAUUCAAGAAAAUCCGAAUCACAAAAUAUCAAACCAUCCCAUACCACAACCCAAAAGCCCUUUAAUAUCUUUUUCAGUUUGUUUAGUCGUAAAAUAUUUAAAUAUUAA